AUGUCGACCCAAAAAACCCUGACCGUCCUCCUCGGAGCCGGACCCGGAACAGGUGCCGCCUUAGGCCACGCCUUCGCGAAAGAGACCGGUGCUGUGGCUUUGCUGGCUCGUCGUCCGGAUAGCUUACAAGCUCUUGCGCAGGAGAUUCGUGAGAAGGGUGGGGUGGUGAGUUCUCUUUAGCAGCCCGGUUGUCGCUUUCUGUGCUUGGAUGGCUGAUGACUGGGUACGACCGACUCCAUCACUGUCGGACAGGCCGAGCCUUUCGCAUGCGAUGCCUCGAACCCCGAGUCGUUGACGAAGGCUUUUGGUCAGAUCAAGGAGAAGUGGCCGGAUCAUCAGCUCAAGGUGUGAGUCUGGGGCUCGACCGUGCUGCGUGUUCUGACCUCCAGCCCGAGGCGGGUUGGGUGGUGGCUCCCUCAAUGGGAGGUGAGCGUGUGGGGCGCCAUCUGCUCUCACGCCCCUCUCGCCAGCAAACCUCGGACCGAGUUCGCCAACGACGAACACCAACUGACUCCACGAAUCUUCAUGCCUGUCAUAUCUUUUCAGGGCCAUCUUCUCCGUCAAUAACCCCUUCGUGCGCAAACCUUUCCUCGAGUUGACGACCAAGGACAUGCAAACCGGGCUCGACAUCGCCGUGCUCGGCGCGUUUCACUUCUCGCAACAAGUCAUCCCUCUCUUGCUGGAAACUGGUGGGGGAACGCUUUUGUUCUCGGGUAGGUUAAAUGGAGCUUAACGAUGCUGUUGAACGACGGGUGCUGACUGGUCAAGUGUGCUGACGAUAGAUUCUUUGGGGGACUGCUUGAUAUAGGGGCCACCGCUGCGUUGAAGGGAGGCGCUCAGAUGUCGUCCUUCGCUGUGCCCAAGUUUGGUCUUCGCUGCUUGAGUAAGCGUCCUCAUCCAAUGGACCUGAUUUGCAAACUGGCAGAAAAGCACGCCUCGAUCUUCUCAAGCUGAAGCGACACCGAAAUUUCUUCCUUCCCGCUUCACCCACCCCUGUUCCUCGCAGGUCAAUCCCUCGCGCGAGAAUUCCAACCCAAGGACAUCCACGUCGCUCACGUCAUCCUCGACGGCUUCAUCAACACCGAGAACUUAACUCGCAUGUUUGGUGAGAUGAAAGCGCCCGAUACGAGGUUGGAACCGACCGCGAUUGCGCAGGAGUAUGUCAACUUGCAUAGGCAGCAUCGCUCGGUGAGUCCGAAAGCUGGCGUGGCGAAAGGCGUGAUGUUGGUUCGAGAAGUGUGCUGAUGAAGAUUGGUUCCACCACUGUGUUUUUCUUCAUCACUCCUCUCUUGAGUAUUCAGGCCUGGACUCUCGGUCAGUUCCGGCUUUCAGACAGAGGUCGUAGCGACCUUGAGACAAGGGAUUCAGUGCUGACCGAUGCUACGAUCCGCCUCUUCAACACAGAACUUGACUUGCGUCCUUUCUCGGAGACGUUCUAA